AUGCAAGAACAACCCCUCAAAAAGAGAAAACAAAACAAAGAUUUUAAUAAAAAGAAUGUAAAAAAAUUAAAAGAAAAAGAGGUUCCAAAAAUAGAACAAAAAUUUCCUUUACGUGUUUCUAACUCGUUAAGAAGGAUAUAUUCUGUAAGUGUUGCACUUCCCGGUUCAAUAAUUGAAAAUGCACAAUCUUCAGAACUCAAAACAUACUUGGCUGGUCAGCUCGCUCGAGCAUUUUCUAUUUAUAAAGUUGAUGAAAUAGUAAUUUUUAAUGAAUCUGAUUCAAAUGUUUUUUUGGCGAGGAUUUUACAAUAUUUGGAAACACCUCAAUAUUUACGUAAAGAAUUAUUUCCUGUACAUCAAGAUCUAAAAUAUGCCGGGUUGCUAAAUCCUUUAGAUUGUCCACAUCACGUUCGCCAAGAUGAAAAAAGUCAAUUUCGGGAGGGUGUCGUUAUGGACAAAAAACCUAAAAAUGGUGAAAAAGGAUCAUUGGUUAAUGCUGGUCUAACAAAAAAUGUAAUAAUUGAGCAAUCAUUAAAAGCGGGAAUUCGACUUACUCUCGAUAUGGGAAAUUACGAAAUUGAUGGUCAAUACAUUAAAGCCAAAGUAGUAUCACCUAAAAUUCCCAAACAAAAUGGGUUAUAUUGGGGAUAUCAAAUUCGUAUAGCGGAUUCUUUAUCUAAAGUUUUUACCGAAUCUCCAUAUCCAGAUGGAUAUGAUGUGACUAUAGGAACAUCAGAACGUGGAGGAUUGGAAGCAGCUAUUGAUACCGAUCAGGAUUUAAAAUGUAGUGGAGAAGAAGCAGAUGCCUUAUUUGAUUUAUGGAUAAACACAUGUCCAAAUCAAGGAAGUCGAACAAUUAGAACAGAGGAAGCUGUAUUAAUCACAAUGGCAACUUUGAGGACUUCCAUAGAUAAGAAAGGAUGUAGAGAAUAA